GGCGGGCAGCCGCCCCGCCCCGCCCCGCCGGACGCCCAGGGCGGGUCCCGGCUGCACCCACAGCGCCGGCCCCGCCGCCGGUGCCGCCCCCAACACUCGGGGUCCCGCCCUGGCUCCUCGGUGUCCGCCGCGGGUCGGUGCGUGCGUGCGUGCGUGCGCCUCGUCGGUCCGCGUGUGUGUGGCCGAGCGCCCCCCUCUUCCGCGGCCAUGACUCCCCCGCCGCCGCCGCCGCCGCCGCCGCCGCCCCCGGGUCCAGACCCCGCCGUCGAUUCGGCCGCAGACCCCUACUCCGGGCCCGGAUCGCUCGUCGUGCUGUUCGGGGCCACGGCCGGUGCGCUGGGGCCAGACCUGGGCUCCGACGAAACCGACUUGAUUCUCCUCGUUUGGCAAGUGGUGGAGCUGAGGAGCCGCCAGGUGGGGACGCUGCACAAGUCGCUGGUUCGCGCCGAGGCGACCGCCCUGAGCCCGCAGUGCCGCGAGGCGAGCGGGCUGAGCGCCGACAGCCUGGCGCAGGCCGAGUCCCUGGACAAGGUGCUGCAGCAGUUCUCACAGCUGGUGAGCGGGGAUGUGGCCCAGCUGGGCGGGGGCCCCUACGUGCUCUGCACUGAUGGGCAGCAGCUGUUGCGACAAGUCCUGCACCCCGAGGCUUCCAGGAAGAACCUGGUGCUCCCCGACAUCUUCUUCUCCUUCUACGACCUCCGCAGAGAGUUCCAUAUGCAGCACCCAAGCACCUGCUCUGCCAGGGACCUCACAGUGGCCACCAUGGCACAGGACUUGGGACUAGAGACAGAUGCCACAGAGGAUGACUUUGGCGUCUGGGAAGUGAAGACAAUGGUAGCUGUCAUCCUCCACCUGCUUGAAGGGCCCAAUGGUCAUUUGUUUUCAAAACCCGAGGUGGUAAAGCAGAAAUAUGAGACGGGGCCUUGCAGCAAGGCUGAUGUGGUGGACAGUGAGACUGUGGUCCGGGCCCGUGGGUUGCCCUGGCAGUCCUCAGACCAGGAUGUGGCUCGCUUCUUCCAAGGGCUCAACAUUGCCAGGGGUGGUGUAGCACUCUGCCUCAACGCCCAGGGCCGCAGAAAUGGCGAGGCCCUCAUCCGAUUUGUGGACAGCGAGCAGCGGGACCUAGCACUGCAGAGACACAAACAUCACAUGGGCAUCCGCUAUAUUGAGGUAUAUAAAGCCACAGGAGAGGAGUUUGUAAAGAUUGCAGGAGGCACAUCACUAGAGGUGGCUCGUUUCCUGUCACAGGAAGACCAAGUGAUCCUGAGGCUGCGGGGACUGCCCUUCUCAGCUGGGCCAACCGAUGUGCUAGGGUUCCUAGGGCCUGAGUGCCCAGUAACUGGAGGCACCGAGGGGCUGCUCUUUGUGCGCCACCCAGAUGGCAGGCCAACUGGGGAUGCCUUUGCUCUCUUUGCCUGUGAGGAGCUGGCACAGGCUGCACUGCGCAAGCAUAAGGGCAUGCUGGGUAAGCGAUAUAUCGAACUCUUCCGGAGCACCGCAGCGGAGGUGCAGCAGGUUCUAAACCGCUAUGCAUCCAGCCCACUUCUUCCCACACUUACUGCUCCACUGCUGCCCAUCCCCUUUCCACUGGCAGUUGGCACUGGAAGGGACUGUGUACGCCUUCGAGGCCUACCCUACACAGCCACCAUCGAAGACAUAUUGAUCUUUCUGGGGGAUGCAGCGGCUGACAUACGGCCUCAUGGUGUGCACAUGGUACUUAACCAACAGGGCCGGCCAAGUGGCGAUGCCUUCAUCCAGAUGACAUCAGCAGAGCGUGCCCUAGCUGCUGCUCAGCGUUGCCACAAGAAGGUGAUGAAGGAACGCUAUGUGGAGGUCGUCCCCUGCUCCACAGAGGAGAUGAGCCGUGUGCUGAUGGGGGGCACCUUGGGUCGCAGUGGCAUGUCCCCUCCACCCUGCAAACUGCCCUGCCUCUCGCCACCCACCUACGCCGCCUUCCAGGCCACCCCAGCCCUCAUUCCCACUGAGACGGCAGCUCUGUAUUCCUCUUCAGCACUGCUCCCAGCUGCCAGGGUGCCUGCUGCCCCCACUCCUGUUGCCUACUACCCAGGACCAGCCACUCAACUCUACAUGAACUACACAGCCUACUACCCCAGCCCCCCAGUCUCCCCUACCACCAUGGGCUACCUUGCCACCCCCACUGCUGCUCUGGCCUCUACUCCCACUUCAGUGUUGUCUCAGCCAGGGGCCUUGGUCCGCAUGCAGGGUGUCCCAUACACAGCUGGUAUGAAGGAUCUGCUCAGUGUCUUCCAGGCCUACCAGCUGGCCCCUGAUGACUACACCACUCUGAUGCCGGUUGGUGAUCCACCACGUACUGUGUUACAAACCCCCAAGGAGUGGGUGUGUUUGUAGGAGGAAGCCAAUAAAUAAGAGCUGAUCUCCGCAGCUAAGAUGCCUCUCCUGGGUCCAGAGCAUCCUCAGCCUGAUGGCUUCCUUCUAGCUUGUCAAAGCUCUCAGAUGGCAUACUAAGAAGCUCAAGCC